AUGAACCCUCCCGAGGUUGUCCCCCACCAGGAUGGCAGGUCUUCUGACGAAGAGAAGAACACUGGCAUCCCACAGACACAGAGUGCUGCUGUCCAUGAUGGCUCCUCGGACUUUGAGUCCGAUGGCGAGUACCAGCAAGGUAUUGAGCGCGUGCGUGCCAUCACCUCUGUCUGGUCCAAGAAGACCCUCCUCAGCAUGUUCAUCAUGCUGUACUUGAUCUCUUUCGUUGACAUGAUCAUGAACUACGUCGACUCGGCCCUCAACCCAUACAUUACCUCAAGCUUCGGCGCCCACGGUCUCCUCAACAUUGGUAGCAUCCUAGCCUCCAUUAUCGGUGCUUGUGCUCCCCUUCCCUUGGCCAAAGCCAUUGAUGUCUGGGGCCGAGUUGAGGGUUUUGCCUUCAUGAUGGUCGUUUGCAUCGUCGGCAUGAUUAUGAAGGCGACUUGCACCACUGUGCAGAUGUACAUCGGCGCCCACAUUCUCUACUGGGUCGGCCACAUUGGUGUCAUGUAUGUCAUCGGCGUUAUGCUGGCUGAUAUGACAAGCUUGACCAACCGUGCCUUCAUCUACGGCAUCAACACCACUCCACGUAUCGUUGCCACCUUUGCCAGCCCCGAAAUCGCCACAGGGUUCUACGAGAACCUCAACUUCCGAUGGGCGUUUGGCUCCUUCGCCAUCAUCAUCGCUGCUUGCAGUAUUCCUGCCAUGGCCACAAUGGUCUACAUGUUCCGCACCGCCACCAAGCAGGGCGUCAUCACACGCAAGAGAUCUGACCGCACAUUCCUCCAGUCUCUCAAGUUCUACUUUGUUGAGUUUGACAUUAUUGGUAUCGUGUUGCUGUGCGCUUGCAUCUCUUGCCUUCUUCUUCCCUACAGCUUGGCCCCAUAUGCCCCCAAGGUCUGGUCGACACCUUACAUCAUUGCUCUUGAGGUUCUUGGAGUUGUCCUGAUUCCCAUCUUUUACCUGUGGGAGGCAAAGCUGGCUCCCGUUCAGUUCUUGCCAUUCAAGUACCUCAAGCAGGGAACUAUCAUUGGUUCAUGCUUGCUCAACGGCAUCAUGUUUCUGUCGACCUUUAGUUGGAAUGCCUACUUUGGCUCCUACCUCCAGGUUGUCAACAGGUUGAGCAUUUCCAACGCCAACUACGUCCUCAACGCCUACUCUCUCACCUCCUCCGUCUUUGCACCUUUGAUUGGUUGGUGGGUCGCAUACUCGGGUAACAUCAAGUGGACUGCCAUGGCUGGUGCUCCCAUUAUGUUGCUCGGCACUGCCCUUAUCAUUCCCUUCCGAGCACCAGACACCAACGUUGGUCUCCUGGCUUUUACCCAAAUCCUUGUUGGCUUUGGUGCUGGUGUCUUCUCCACUGUGGACCAAGUCGCCGUCAUGGCUCCUGUCACUCACCAAUACCUGGCUGUCACCAGUGCUCUCUCGGGUCUGUUUGGUGGUGUCGGUGCUGGUAUUGGCUAUGCCAUUGCUGGUGGUUUCUGGAACAACGUUAUGCCCGCUCAGCUGGCCCAACGUCUUCCUGAAGCUGCCAAGGCAAAUGCCUCAAUUAUCUUCGGUAGCAUUGAGGUUCAGAAGUCAUUUGCCGAUGGUUCUCUUGAACGCGAGGCCAUUGUCGGGGCAUAUGCUCACACAAUGAGACUCAUGGCCAUCACGGGUGUUGCCACUAUGCCUCUUUGUGUUCUCUCUAUUAUUAUCUGGAGAAACAUUAAUGUCCGCAAGGUAGAGGAGGAGAAGGGAAAGCAGACAAAGGGCAUGGUCUUUUAG